GCGUCAUUGCGUCCUGACGUCGCCGCCCCUAGUUACCCCGUCGCUCUGAGGAGGACAAGAUGGGUCUCCUCUCAAUCUUGCGUAAGUUGAAGAGUGCUCCUGAUCAGGAGGUUAGAAUUCUCCUUUUGGGUUUGGACAAUGCAGGGAAAACGACAUUACUUAAACAGCUAGCUUCAGAAGACAUCAGUCACAUCACACCCACGCAGGGAUUUAAUAUUAAAAGUGUGCAAUCUCAAGGUUUCAAAUUAAAUGUGUGGGAUAUUGGAGGACAGAGAAAGAUAAGGCCGUAUUGGAGAAACUACUUUGAAAAUACUGAUGUGCUUAUCUACGUCAUUGACAGUGCAGACCGAAAAAGAUUUGAAGAAACGGGGCAGGAACUUGCUGAGCUUCUGGAUGAAGAGAAGCUGAGUGGUGUUCCUGUUCUCGUAUUUGCCAACAAACAGGACUUGCUUACAGCUGCCCCAGCAUCCGAAAUAGCUGAGGGAUUGAAUCUGCACACAAUUCGUGACCGUGUUUGGCAAAUCCAGUCUUGCUCUGCACUGACAGGAGAAGGUGUGCAGAUGCUGCCAGACCCGCAGAGCUCCCCCACCACAUGAUGAUGUCAAAACAGGACAGAUGGAAUGAACUGGGUCUGCAAAAAUGUCCAUGCAAAGAAGAAAUGAAACUGCUACUAAGCGCAAAGGGGGGAACCAAAAGAGACCGUUCCUAGCUUGAUGACACUAAUCGUCCUGACCAAAACCUUCACUACCAUUCACAGUUUUAGCUAUGUACCAAGAAGAAAUCUGGAAGUCCUAUAGCUCCGAUACACUACCUGAAUUUCCAUAGCGCUUUUAUAAAUACUGUAUCUGUUCUAUGAAUGUUGCUACAAUACAUCAGUCUGUGCAUCUUUUGUACAAUCCUUCAGAUGGUGGUGUGCUAAAAAUUUCAUGGACUGAUGUGCAAUAAUAACUCUUAUGGAACAUGCCUUUUUUUUGCUGCAAGGUUUAAAAUAAAUUAUAAUUGUCACAGUCGGUUACAUGUUUUGAUCAUCAAGAUACGUUUUAUAAUAGGAAACACUAAUCUCCCAUCCCUUCCUUUUGUGGUUUGAAAGAAUCUCUUCUAUUUAAAAUUGUUCUGGUUUGUGUGCCCCUUCGCAGAGAACUGUAUCCAGUUUAGUGUGUACCAAUAAAUAUAUAUUUUCUUAAUUGAACUGGAAUGAAUUGUACAAAGGGAAUGAUUUGAUUUUCCUUUCUACUCCUAAUGGUUGUGCAUAGUCCUGGAGCAUCAUUUCUCCAAACUGUUGAAGCCGUCACUAGCUCAAAACGGUGGAGGCACAGGAUAACUCUUGCAAAUAAACUCAACAGGUGCUUGCAAAUAAACUCAACCCAAAAAUGUAGCAGUGCAAUUUCUCAAAAGGUAGUGGGUCCACAAUUACGAUUGGUAUUUCAGGAGGGCAAAUCCUGAUCUUGAGGGUUUCUCUAGGUUUCCAUGAGGAAGGAGUAACUUAAAUUUGACCCUUGUAUUUCAGUCCCUGACCAUACUGUGAUUACUUUGUUAGUGAAAUUAUCUGUAUGUUUGACCGAUUCCUUAACUAUUUAUUUGCUAUAAUUCUGAUCAGAUCUUUGAACGAUUUUCAGUGUGAAUAGCCACUGUCCUACAUGAUUUCAAUAAGAGGGAGCCACCUUUUUAAAUGUAGAUUUUAGUAACCGUAACUAGCUUAUUUGAAUCAUUAAAUAUUGUUGGACCUUGUAAACGGCAGUAGUUGAGGGUGCAAAGGUGUUUUACAUCAGAGUAAAACUCAAGGGACCCUUUCAGCUACGCAAGUCUUUGCACGCAACAAUGGCCUGACUGCAAUUCAGGCCUUUCGUUAUUGUUGAUAUUGGUACACCAGUAUCUUUAUUCUUGAGAGGAAGUGGCAAAUCUCUAAUUUCAGUUGGAUUGAAUAAAAUAUACGGUCAAUUUGCAGCAGUUACCAAGUGCGUGAGAUUGCUACAACUUCUAAAAUUGUGUUUGGAUCUUCAUGACAACGUGUAGCUUUGCUUGCUUCCCAUUCUUCCUGUUGGCAAGGAUAUCCUUUGUCACGAAAUGCUAAAUAACACUACUGUAUGUUCACAAAACCUCAAUUACAGUGAAGGCAGACAUCCUUAAAAAAAACUGUAUCGAGCUGUACAGCACUAGCUAAGAAACAAUCUAGAAAAUGGUUCCUAGUUUGUCAUAACUUAGUGAAGCACUCACCAAACAUUUUGUGGCACUGUCGUGCAGAUGUGUUCUGACUUAAGUGUAUUUCUACAGAAAUGUCCCUGUGAAGGAACCCAGACUGGCACACAAUCCCCUAGAUUUUCUGCCUAAUAAAAUUGUGUUGUGAUGUUGAAAUCUGAGUGUGUCCAAGCUUUAACUAUGGAGAAAACAAGCAGUUGAUAUAGAGAACUCCAGAGUCUGCAGCUGAUAUAGCAAGCAUGGUGGACUCAAUUUGUUUUCAGUCUUGAAUAGGUGAUCAAACAUAUUAAACGGUUACAUGUGUAUGUGUGAGAGACAGUAGACCCAAAUUUUAUAGCAGACCAAACUGAGCUCUAACUUGGUCUUUGUUUUUUCAGUAUUAUAACAUUAUUCCUAUUUAAGUAAUAAACAUAAAUAGUAGAUGAAAAAUAAGCAGCAAUGAUUUCCUUUAUGAAGUAAAGUAGAUUUCACUUUGUUUGAUCCCUGUUUAGCCAUAUUACUCAUGAUAGUGCUUUACAUGUCUCUAGUGUGUUUUUUUGCCCUAGUCUUUACUGUUUAUUAAGCUAAAGUGCUCUCCUUAACUCAACAGUUUUUGGUCUUGCUUUUUAAUUAUAUCUUGUUCUUCAUUACCAUUCACCACCAGUGAAUAUUUUAUGCACAAUGCAUCAAGAUUUUUUGUUAUUCUUUGCGCAGUUGCUUCUCAUAAAUGUUUAAAGUUUGGAUAAAAUCAUUCUAUCCCAUUGACUAGGCUUUUUCAUUACUUUGUAAGGUAUUUAAUUUAUGUACAAGUAAGUGAUUUAUUAGUGCACAUUUAAAUCAAACUGGUAGUAAAGUGGUAGUAAAGAUUAUUCAAAGGUUCCGGACCACUGCAGAUGCUUGUUAAUGGCCUCUGCUGGCUGGUUAAGAGUCAAGGUUCUCAAAAUAUCCCAAUAACUAUCCAUGUGCCUGACAUGUUAGGCUGAAUUCUGGUGGCAGUAGUUUGCUGACAAGCUUGUUUGGUUUUUAAAGUUUGAGGGCUAGUAUCUCAGUACUGUUAUUAAGUAUAUCAAUCACGCAAGUUUACUCUAUUGCCAGCAAUAACAGGUUGCAACCAUCGAUAACUGAGCUGUUUGGAUGAAGAUUUAAUCUAUAAAUGUUGGAAAUCAGAGAACAAAAAACUGGAAAUUAACAACUGGCCAGUCAACAACAAAAUAAAAGAAAAAGGUUGCAUUUAGUUGAGAUAUUUUUUAAAAAUAUUUAUCAACUGCAUGGUUGUAUAAUUUUUAAAUUUUUUUUGAACCAGUAACACUAAUCCAUGACUGAUAGUUGUCCACAAACACCUCACUUGUAAAUUCAUAUGGUUCCAUGAAGGACAGAUUUCUAUUUUUGUCAAUACUUGUGUGAUCUUGAAGUCCCUUGAGUUUGUAAAGUAAACCAUCAACCAAUAAGUGAGAACACAAUUUACUCACAUUGUCUGAAAAUAGUAAUUAGGUUUGUUAAACAUCUAUUACAUCUUGCAGAAAUAUAAGUCAAACUCUUCACAUAAGGGCUUCACUGAUUUUUAUAGCCAGUUAAUGUGAUCUGAAUGGGUAAGCUUAUUCUAAGGGGACAUUAGAUUGCCCUGGUCUGAUCAGUAUCCAUUCCAGUAACCUGUUAGUUAAGGUCCUGAUACAGUGCAAUGAUUGUUCUUUAAGUAUGCUGAUCAAAACUAAUGCACUGACAGAAAAUGAAAUACGCUCUCAAUUUGGAGAAGAAAAGAAGUCUUCAAUUUCUUAAUUGUUUAGAUCAACUUUAAUUCGGUGGCUUCUUAAUUGCAGACAGCUCAGACAGUCAUGUGGCAAUAGCCAGUCUAUUGGUUUCAGAUUUCAAACUGGCUAAAUGCUUCUUUUCUGCCCUGUUACUUAUUUGAAUUCUUAUCGUUGAUCCCUUCUGGCAGGUAACAUGCACUUCAUUGGGUUAGAUAGUUGUAGACCUCCUCUGAUUUUGUUAUAAAUUCAAUAUCACUGUUGUAAUCUUUUACCUCUUAAGGUUAACCAUCUAAGUUACACUUGUAAAUGUUGUCGCAUUCAUUUUGAAAAGAUGUCUGAACAGGAACAGGUGGGGUGAAGGGAAGUUUAAGGGUUAAAAUUUCAAAAGGGAUAAUAUAACAUUUAAUUUUGUGUAUUGCUCAAUGCAUUGAGUAAUAUUGUAUUUCAAUCUUGUUUAAGUACAGUAUCACAUUCCAGUGUAACUUGGAUAGAAUGGGUUUUUAUCAAGAAGUUCCUUCCCAUUUCCUAUGACAUUAUUUUUUAAAAUAUACGCUUGCUAGUUAAGUCCCUGAGUGCAUGUGUUGGUAAAGUGUAAAUGAUCGUGAACCUUUAAUAUGCAGUCAUCUUGCAUUCUUUAUUUGGAUGUAGAUAUUCUGUCUGUGGUUAUUAAGUUCAUUGUUAUGGUGUUAUCAGCUGUUUUCAGCUUUUAUAUUUUUUCAUUAGUCAAGAAGCAAAUAAAGAUACUGGUAUUUUGUCAUAGUCCAUACUGUACACAAUGUAAUUCAAAUGAAAAAUGUCUUGUUCAUGGAAUAAAGACUAUUUAAUAGAAA